AAUAACAUGGAAUCAGAAAACCAAACAGGUGUAGCAGAAUUCCUCCUCCUGGGUCUCUCGGAGGACCCAGAACUGCAGCCCCUUCUCUUUGGACUGUUCCUGACCACGUACCUGAUCACUGUGCUUGGGAACCUGCUCAUCAUCUUGGCCGUCAGCUCUGACUCCCACCUCCACACCCCCAUGUACUUCUUCCUCUCCAACCUGUCCUUUGUCGACAUCUGCUUCAGUACCACUAUAGUCCCCAAUAUGCUGGUGAAUAUCCGGACAGAAACCAAAGCCAUCACCUACGCUGGCUGCCUCAGUCAGGUAUAUUUUUUCAUGGUUUUUAUAUGUACAGACAAUUUACUCCUGACUGUGAUGGCAUAUGACCGCUAUGUGGCCAUCUGCCACCCUUUGUACUACACCGUCAUCAUGAACCCACGCUUCUGUGGCCUGCUGGUUCUCCUCCCCUUGUUCAUUAGCAUUAUGAUCGCCUUGCUCCACUGCCUGAUGGUGUUGCAUCUGUCCUUCUGCACAGACUUGAAAAUCCCCCACUUCUUCUGUGAACUUGCUCAGAUCCUCAAACUUGCCUGUUCUGAUACCCUUGUCAAUGACAUCCUGGUAUAUUUAAUGACCAGCCUUUUGGGUGGGGGUCCCCUCUUGGGGAUAAUUUUCUCUUACACUCGAAUUGUCUCCUCCAUCUUGAGAAUCCCAUCAGCUGGUGGCAAGUACAGAGCUUUUUCCACCUGUGGGUCUCACCUGUUGGUGGUUUUCUUGUUCUAUGGAACUAGUAUGGGAGUCUACCUUAGUUCUACAGCCUCUUUCUCCUCCAGGACUAGGGCAGUGGCCUCAGUGGUGUACACAGUGGUCACUCCCAUGAUGAACCCCUUCAUCUACAGCCUGAGGAACAGAGACAUGAAAGGAGCUUUGAGGAAACUUAUCUCUAGAACAUGUUUCUUUUCAUGA